AAGUCUCUAAACAGUGUGUACUCCAUUCCAAUUGAAAAAGAAACCCUAAAUUGAAGCUCCGUUUGUUCCUCUCCAUCAUCGCUCAAAUGUCAUUCUUAAGGUUCACCUUUCGAUCUUCUUCUUCUUCUUCGUCUUCCAUUUCUUACUUAAGGCGAUUAUACUCUCACUCUCCAUUUCAUGUUAAUAAUAAUGUUGAUAAUGCUGUUUCUUCAUUCCAUAGCAUGCUUCGUAUGAAUCCAACCCCAUCCAUUGUACAAUUUGCCAAGAUUUUAACUUAUCUUGUUAAGAUGAAACAUUAUCCCACUGCUAUUUCCCUUUCUAACCAAUUACAAUUCAAUGGAAUUAUGCCUGAUAUUGUUACUUUCAGUAUAUUGAUCAAUUGUUACUGCCACGUCGGUCAUAUGACUUUUGCCUUUUCUCUAUUGGCUAAGAUUCUCAAGUUGGGUUAUCAGCCCAAUGUCAUAACUUUAACGACUCUUAUCAAAGGUUUGUGUUUUAACGGUAAGGUGAAGGAAGCACUGCAUUUUCACGACCAUGUGGUUGCACAUGGAUUUCACCUCGACCAAGUUAGCUACGGGACCUUGAUCAAUGGACUCUGUAAAAUUGGAGAAACAAGGGCUGCCUUGCAAGUUCUAAGACAAAUUGAAGGGAAAUUGGUCAAGCCUAAUGUGGUAAUAUACAACACAAUUAUUGACAAUCUGUGUAAAGAUAAGCUUUUAAGAGAUGCUUACGAUUUAUAUUCUGAAAUGAUUGCAAACGGAGUUUCUCCUGAUGUUGUUACUUACAAUUCUCUGAUAUAUGGAUUUUGCAUAGUUGGUCAAUUGAAAGAAGCAAUUAGACUUUUAAAUGAAAUGGUAGUAUUCAGAAAACUCAAUGGAGAUGUUUAUACCUUUAGUGUAUUGCUCGAUGCUUUAUGCAAGGAAGGAAAUGUCAAACAAGCUAAAAAUGUCUUAGCUGUGAUGAUGAAAGAAGGUGUCCAACCAGAUGUUGUUACUUAUACUUCAUUAAUGGAUGGCUAUUGCCUAAUUAAUGAAGUCAAUAAAGCCAAAGUUAUAUUCAGCACUAUGGUUCAAAGAGGAGUGAUUCCUGAUGUUCAUUGCUAUAAUGUCAUGAUUAAUGGGCUGUGUAAGAUUAAAAUGAUGGAUGAAGCCAUGAAUCUAUUUAAGGAAAUGCAAAACAAGAAGAUUAUUCCUAAUACAGUAACUUGCAAUUCCCUUAUUGAUGGUUUGUGCAAAUCAGGGAGAAUCUCUCAUGCUUGGGAGCUUCUUGAAGAGAUGAAUGAUAGAGGUCAACCUGCUGAUGUAAUCACUUACACUUCUUUAUUGCAUGCUUUAUGUAAAAACCAUCAUGUUGACAAGGCAAUUGCAUUGGUCAAGAAAAUUAAAAUCCAAGGUAUUCAACCAGAUAUGUUCACAUACAAUAUACUUAUCGAUGGACUAUGCAAGGAAGGGAGACUUAGGAACGCACAAGAGAUUUUUCAGGAUCUUUUGAUUAAAGGCUAUAAUGUAACAGUCCGGACAUAUAAUAUUUUGAUCAAUGGUCUUUGUAAAGAGGGUUUGUUUGAUGAAGUAAAGGCCUUGUUGUCAAAAAUGGAGGAUAAUGGUAUCAUUCCUAAUGCUGUAACUUAUGAAACUAUUAUUUGUGCUCUCUUUCAUAAAGGUGAGAAUGAAAAGGCGGAGAAACUUCUUCGUGAAAUGAUUGCUAGAGGACUAUUGUAACAGUAACUAUAGCUUCAUGGUUGUUAUCAGAAUGUAUCCUGCACAAGUAUCAUAAGCAGUGGUGGUGAAGUUAAAGUGUGUUGGUCUGUUGUUAAGCUUCAGAGGUCGUUUUCUUGUCCUCAGUGUAGUAGUGGCAGACUUGCCUAUGCAGGAAAAGCAGAUUACAAAGGUGUUAACUAAUAGAGGAAGGCUUUUAGUGUUGGGGCUGAAUUGCACGGAGUGGCAGUAGCAAGGGUAAGUAGAGGCUUUUCGAAGGAAGGGUGUGAAGGUAUCGGGGGAGGCAACUUGGAUAGUGUGUUUCGAAACUUGGUAAUUUCUUAAGUGUUGGUACAUUGAUAGAUUGGUUACUGAGUUUUUAGUUUUGAUUGCAAUUGUACAUUGAAUGGCUGAACUCAGUGUCGUGUUGUAAGAGUGCAUUUGGCUUCAGCCUGUUAUGCUGAGACGAUACUGCAAAUUUAUGCAGGUGGCAAGCAUUUUUGAACUUGAUGAUCUAUCUAGUACCUACUGUGAUUGUUUUGAAGUACAUAUUGUGUUUAAUCUGGUUUGGUGCGCUCUAUCGGACCACUCAAGUUACGCUCUAGAUGUUCAUUCCUGAGUGUGGGUGGAGUGUGUUAAGAGUCUCACGUUAUAUAAUAUAAGGUCUGAAAAUAAUUUUAUAAUUGGGUUAGGACUGUUCAGUUCAGAUAGAUAACUAAACCGAACCAUAACAAUGGUUCAGAAGAACUGAACCGAAAUGCUAUAGUCUUCCUCCGAACCGAACUGAACCGGAUUAAUGGUUCGGUGAACCAGUUCUUAAUUUCGAACCGAACUGUUGUCAUACAAUUUUUUUUCCAAACCAAACUGUAUUUUUUGGGUGAACCGAACUGUGUUUAAGACGUCCUUAUGUUGCAAGUAAUAAUAAUGUAACAUCAUAUUUAAAGCUUUACCUGUAUUCUGGCGUUCUAUGAUGCUUGAAUUUCAUUUGGACUGUAACUCUAUUCUAUUUUAGCCGACUGUGAAGUUUAUCAUGCAAAUAUAUUCACAAAGCUGCCAUAUUCUGUGAGCUCAGGUUCUCUCCAUAUGCAAGUUUUUGGAAGAACAAAUGUCUAUAAUUAAGGGAAAACAAGAAAAUGGUGAAGAAAUUGGUCUAAAAUGGGAAGACACAAAAAAUAUGCCAAUAACUUCAAGGGUCAUACAAGAGACUCUAAGAGUAGCAUCAAUUUUGUCUUUUACUUUCAGAGAAGCAACUGAAGAUGUUGAAUAUCAAGGUGAUUAUCAAAUAUGAUAUGAUAUUAUUAUCGACCUUAAAUACAAGUAAAAAAUGUAUAUGUAUUUGAUCCAAAUUUAGUUAAAUACAUUUUUUUUUUUCCUUAUAUUUAAGAUCAUAUGAAAUUUAUAUUUCAUUUCUUUUAUACAACACAAUUAUUGAUAGUUUGUGUAAAG